AUGCGCCUGUUGUAUCUACGCCAUGGCCUUGCUGCCGAAUAUUUUCCCCUGAGAUCGAAGAAUAAUAGUCGCUAUUUCUCCACUUCUCACGUAUAUCAAGAGCUGACGCCCUUUACCCGUCGGCUGUUCAAGCUCCCCUCCGCCCCAUCUCCGCCAUCGCAGCUUCACAAUGACUUGACAACAUUUCUCUCUUACGCAGACCACAUCUCUCUUCCAGCCACAAGUACAGUCCAUGUUGGCACGCACUACGAAUAUACGGUUCUCCAAACUCUCCGACAUUACGCGCUGAGCCUCAAUCGGAUCGGCGGGCGCGACGAUGCGGGCAUCGACCUCGUUGGAACCUGGCACCUCCCAGAGCGAGAACGAGAGCGCGCGCUCCGUGUCCUAGUACAAUGCAAAUCCCUCAAGGCGAAAGUUGGCCCUAACAUCGUCCGCGAGCUGGAAGGCACCUUCCGCCAGGCGCCUGUUGGGUGGCGCACGGGCCAGACAGUUGGCAUAUUGGUUAGUCCGCGCGAGGCAACCAAAGGUGUUCGCGAUGCAUUAGCGCGGAGUACGUUUCCGUUGUUUUGGAUGAUGAUCGAACGGGAUGGAACUUUGAGACAGGCACUGUGGAACGCUCGUGCCGAGGAGCUUGGGAUUGGGCCUCUGGGUGUGGAAACUCGGUAUGGGGCUACGGACGGCGAGUCCGGCGAGGUGACCAAGCAGGUUGCGUUAACCUGGGAUGGAUGUGAUAUUCCUGAUAUGGAUCAGGUGGAGCAUGGUCUAAUUGAGUUUGAGGAGCAAUGGGUCGCAUCUUGGGGUGUGGACUCGUCGCAAAUUGAUCGGGGCCAAUUGCUGGAUACUGCGGAGAGAGUGCUACCCCAUGAUAUCUCUUCGCAAUUGCCACAUGUGUCACUGUCAGAGGAAGACCGAACGAAGGUCAUUCAAGCUUUACAAGGAUACCAACAACAGGCGGCGUCUGAAUAA